AUGGUGCCAGCUAAACUUGUUCUUCUUUCCAUAAAUUCAAGCAACUCCAGGGAAAGUACAUCCCCAUAUGCUAUGGGAUUGCUGUCUUACAUGGCCAGGUGGGGCUGCUGUUAGAAAAAUGUGGCCGGAGGACCCUUGAAUAUCGACCCCAAAAUGAUGAGAAUGCCAAGUUCAUCCUCUACAUGCAGGCUAUUUAUGCUAUGGAAAGAUGCCUAGCCGCAGGACUUGUGCACCAAGACCCAGAUUUUCGAAAUCUCGUCUAUGAUCCUGAUACCCUGCGAGUGUGGAUCAUCAAUUUUGAUCAAGAGAAACGCGAAGAUGAAAAGCCAGAGGAUGUAUGGGCGUUCAUGGAUGGAAACUUCUCUGAGCAUUUUGAUUACCACUAUACGCCCUCAGGCUUUCGCUGGGGGUUGUUAUGCACAUACAAGGCCUUAUUAGAACGACCCUUUGAACUGUCCCUUUUCACGAAAGACCCCUAUGCUAUUCCUGCACUACCUGGUUCGGCAUGCUCUGGUUCUUCGCCACCCUCGCAAUGAUGUCCAUCAUCAGGAUUAAUUACCCAGACGUGCGGGGUUUCAUUUGGGUCGAGAGGUGCUCCGUUGAAU